AGCGCGCGCGUGUUCGCGCGGGCCGAACAACUCGGAGAGCGCGCGGGAGGGAGCGCGUGAGAAAAAGACCCGGGGAGACCGAGGGCGCCGCUCUGCCUCUUCUGUCAGCCAGUUCGGUUCAGCGCCUCGCGCUCUCUCCACUCCCGAGGCAAAGCCCGGCGCCGGCUGUGACAGAUUGGGACGCUCGCCCCGGCACCUCCCUCGAUCCUUUGGGCGCGGCCGCCUCGUGUCCUCUCCUCCCUCCUCGAGGCGCGCCGGCUUCAACAGGCGUCAUCAUGGACCACGGUCCCAAGGAAGGGGACUCAGCCGGAGCAGCCCCCGGAGAUGGUGGUCGGGGCGCCGCCUCUUCCUCCGGCGGGGUGGUGGUGCAAGUUCGAGAGAAGAAAGGACCCCUGCGCGCGGCGAUCCCCUAUAUGCCGUUCCCCGUGGCCGUUAUCUGUUUGUUCCUCAACACCUUCGUGCCGGGGUUAGGGACAUUUGUGUCAGCCUUCACAGUACUGUGUGGAGCCCGAACUGACCUCCCUGACAGACACGUUUGCUGUGUCUUCUGGUUGAACAUUGCUGCAGCUCUGAUUCAGAUCCUCACUGCCAUUGUAAUGGUUGGAUGGAUCAUGAGUAUAUUUUGGGGGAUGGACAUGGUCAUUCUUGCGAUUUCACAAGCGGAGCGAAGGUGCCGAACAGCGGAGAGUGACCUUCACUGAUCACUUUUAUAGCAAGCUCCACUGUGGAGGCACUGCCACAUGGAUUCAUAGACUGGCGUAACCAACACACCAUUGUGGCAGUCAAGCCAUUCCCAAAGCAGGAGGCAGCCACUGGUCUAAGUGGAGAUAUCACUAAGGAAAAUGGUGGUUGAUCGGACAUAAAUGCAAGUAGCCACCAGGUAGCUAGAGAUGCCAUUUUCUCCACCCAGAAACAUUUCACCUCCUUUUAUGGCUUGCUGAAGAAACAGCCAAGUUGUGACUAUCAAAGAAGCUGUGGAAGUAUUUAUAGAUACAUGUAUAAUAUGUAAAAACAAACGUGAGGGGAUCAACUGCAUUCCAAGCGAUGUUGCUUGAUUAUAUCUUGGGUGCAGGAAGGUUCAAAUGUGUACCCUUCCCUGCAGUGUGUGUGCAUAUGUUAUGUAUUUGAGCGUGUGUGUGGUUUUUAACAGUGCUUAAUGAAGAUCAGUUUCUGCAGCUAUCCUCAGAUUUAGCUUGCUGCUUUUGUAAAUCUUGUUUCAUUGUUAAGGUAAUUCAGGCUCAGCUGUUUAUACAUCCUGCCAGCUUCUGCCUGCUGAAAGCUGAAAAGAAAUUCUGAUCUGUUAUCUGCCAGGAAGUAAGGAGCUGGCUCUUGCCAAGGUCUGUCACUCUAUGCUGUUGUGUAGGUGCUUUGUUCUUGGUUAUAAGGGGAGGGACAACUUUUACAAGAUUUAUGGGGUCACAUUCUUAUUGUAUUUAUGGGGAGUAGGGAAAGAUAAUAAAGAUUUUCUUUCAUCAUCUAUCAGAA